GUCUCCUCCUUUCCCCACCACAACCCAAAUUCCCCAAUCUUCCUCCUCGCACACGCAACCCCAAAUCCGAUCCCCACCACCGCCACCAGCUCCCAUGGCGCCCAAGGCCGAGAAGAAGCCGGCGGCGAAGAAGCCGGUCGAGGACGAACCAGCGUCUGACCCGGCCGCGAAGGCGCCGGCCGCGAAGAAGCCCAAGGCGGGGAAGAGCCUGCCGGCGGGCAAGACCGCCGCCAAGGACGGCGUCGACAAGAAGUCCAAGAAGAAGGCCAAGAAGAGCGUGGAGACGUACAAGAUCUACAUCUUCAAGGUGCUCAAGCAGGUCCACCCCGACAUCGGCAUCUCCUCCAAGGCCAUGUCCAUCAUGAACUCCUUCAUCAACGACAUCUUCGAGAAGCUCGCCGGCGAGUCGGCCAAGCUCGCGCGCUACAACAAGAAGCCCACCAUCACCUCCCGCGAGAUCCAGACCUCGGUGCGCCUCGUCCUCCCCGGGGAGCUCGCCAAGCACGCCGUGUCUGAGGGCACCAAGGCCGUCACCAAGUUCACCUCCUCCUAGGUGCGCCGCCCCCUUGCGCUGCCUGGUGGUCGAUGGCUGCUGCUUGUCGUUUCUCGGAAGUCUCGCUUGUCUAUGGUAGUAUUAGUAGUUAUAGCGAUCUAUGGAUGUCUGUAAGAAGAAAAACCGUGUUGCUGCUUUUGCCUGUUGGAUCUGAAUAGUACCUGCGCUAUAUUGUUCGGUGCACCUACAAUGUUGUGGUUACGGUCAAUGAAUCUAUGCUGCGUAUAUGAUUA